AUGGAGAACGCAUUAUAUCUACGCAACAAGUUGGCGAAGGGGGAGAAAGCCUUAGGAUUUUGGUUGACAUUCCCUAGCACCGGAUUGGCUCGAACUAUUCUAGCCACAGGAGGUUUAAGUUGGACUUUGCUCGAUGCUGAACAUGGACAAAUUACCGAUAAAGAUUAUUUCGAUCUAUGCAACGCAGUCGUCGCUUCCAAAGCUUCACCUAUUAUUCGGAUUCCUUUCGACGUGGAAUGGAUGAUUAAACGUGCUCUCGACGCUGGUGCACAUGGAGUAAUGACUCCUCUAUGUCAUACUGCCGACGACGCAAGACGUAUCGUAAAAUACUCUAAAUACCCUCCUACAGGUACAAGAGGUUUCGGACCAAUGUUCUCCCCUCACUCAUUUGGACUCACCACUGAGGGUGCUUAUGCUGCCGGAGCGGAUAAAGGUUUGUUGGUUAUCGUACAGAUUGAGAGUGUACCGGGGGUGGAGAAUGUGGAAGAGAUUGCUAAAGUCGAUGGGGUUGAUGUGAUUUUCAUCGGUCCAUUCGAUUUGUCUAAAUUCCUCGGAUGUGAAUUCGGCGGUGAGGUCCACGAAGCUGCUAUUGCCAAGAUCCUCAAAGCUGCCAAAGCUGCCGGAAAGACUGCUGCUAUUUUCUGCACGAGCGGAGAGAUGGCUCGUAAGAGACUCGAUCAAGGAUUCGACAUGGUCUCCAUUACCACCGACAUUGGUGCUGUUCAAAAUGGUUUCUCUAGGGAAUUCGCAAUUACCACCGCUACUCAAGCCGGUCCAGCAAGAUCAGGAUACUAG